UACAAACCGGCAAGAGGGGACAGGUGGAGAGUCCCCGUCUGAAAAGCCCCAGGCGAGGGCGGGAGACGCUCUCCCGGUAGAGAAACAUACACCAUGUCUUCUGUUGAUUCCUCAAAAGAAGAUACGAUGUCAGAAAAAACAGAUGAGAAACAACCUGAAACUGAAAACAAAGCUGAGGAAAGUGAUGAAGAUGAAGAAGAGGAGGAGGAGGAAGAAGAAGAAAAGGAGAAGAGUCUCAUUGUUGAAGGAAAAAGAGAGAAGAAGAAGGUUGACCGACUGACCAUGCAAGUUUCCUCACUGCAGAAGGAACCUUUUACAGUUACACCAGGAAAAGGACAAAAACUCUGUGAAAUUGAGAGGAUACAGUUCUUUCUGAGUAAAAAGAAAACAGACGAACUUAGGAACCUGCACAAACUCCUCUACAACAGACCAGGCACUGUUGCAUCCCUAAAGAAGAAUGUGGGUCAGUUCAGUGGGUUUCCAUUUGAAAAAGGAAGUGACCAAUAUAAAAAGAAGGAAGAAAUGUUAAAAAAAUUUAGAAAUGCAAUGUUGAAAAGUAUCUGUGAAGUUCUUGACUUGGAAAGAUCAGGAGUUAAUAGUGAGCUCGUAACCAGAAUAUUAAACUUCCUAAUGCAUCCAAAAUCUUCCGGCAAGCCAUUGCCAAAGUCCAAAAAACCACAAAGCAAAGGUGGCAAAAAAGAGCGGAGUAGCUCUGGAACAGCAAGAAAAGCAAAACGCACCAAGUGCCCAGAGAUCUUGUCAGAUGAAUCCAGUAGUGAGGAAGAUGAAAAAAAGGAAAAGGACGAGUCUUCAGAAGAAAAAGAAAGUGAAGAUGAGCCCCCUAGAAAAGCAUCUAAAAGAGAAAAAUCUAAAAAGAUGACUUCUAAAACCAAGAAAGCUGUGAAGGGUGCAAAUGUCAAGAAGGCAGACAGCAGCACUACUAAGAAAAACCAGAACAGUUCUAGAAAAGAAAGCGAAUCUGAGGAUAGUUCAGAUGAUGAACCUUUAAUUAAAAAACUGAAGAAACCACCCACAGAUGAAGAACUGAAGGAAACUGUCAAGAAUUUGUUGGCCAAUGCAAACUUGGAGGAGGUUACAAUGAAACAAAUCUGUAAGGAGGUGUAUGAAAAAUAUCCUAGUUACGAUUUAUCUGACAGAAAAGACUUCAUCAAAAAAACAGUCAAAGAGUUGAUUUCGUGACCUGAUUUGACUGUGGGAAGUGAAGAUUCCUGGGUUUAUGUUUCCAUGGAUUUGAAGAUCUGAUAGGCACCAGCAAAAGGAAUGUUGUCUUACCCUUGUGGUAUUUAGUCAGAGCUAAUUCUGCUGAUCUAAUAUUGAGUGUUAAUGUAAAUUGCUUUGUGUGGUUUUUUGUUUUGUUUUUUUAAACAGAACUGCAUUUGAUUCAAUUUUUAGUUGAACAUACAUAAGUUUUAUGCAUGGCAGUAAAUGUUCCCUUUUUUAUAGUUUUGUACAUUUUGAAUUGCAUUGUGUAACUAGAUUCAUUAAAGCCAUCGUAGCUUUUUAGCGUGGAUUACCUGCCUACAGGAGAUUUUAAAAUCGACUAAAAUGAAAGCUGCUUAUCUACACAUAUACAUGCAGAGACUGGAAUAUUGCAGUAUUGGUUACAAAGAUAUUUUGAAGACAUUAAUUCUGACAAUAGGAAGAGUUAGUCACGUAUUAAUCUCUUCUAUAUUCUGAUUAAUUCUACCGAUACAGAACUACUCUGAAUCUAGAUCAGUCUUGCAUGUGUAGGCACUGAAAGAACUAUCACAGCAUGGUAACUAAUUGGCAUAUAGAUGUUAUUUUUGUACUUUUAAAAGGCUUUUUGUUGUGUAUAUAAAGUUAUUUCAAAUUUCUUUUGUGCAAAUCAGUUUUUUAAUCUUGGUAUCUUUGAAUUUAUGACAUGAAAUGUCAGUGUGAGGCAGUGACGCAGUGAUAACAAGUGGUGUGCAGAAGUUUCAUGAAAGUGAGCUUAGGUUUCAUUUAAUUUAAACCUGUAGUUUAACUUUAUACAGAGACCACAGACAUUGAAACAAUGUCUUGGAUGUAGUAAAUAAAAUCCCUCCAAAGGCAAUAGGAAAAUUUCUAAAGUUCACUUUGCAAAAUAUCUCUUAUGUUGGUGUCUUGACCUGAUGGCCUAGCAUCUCCAAAGCGGCUAUCCAAGAUAUACAGCUGGAGGCUUGAUAGCUUUGGAAAUCCACAGGGCUUCCAAAUUGGGCAGCACUGAUGUGAACAUAUAUUUAACCUCUCUUCUGUGUGGGAACGCUUUUCUGAAGCUGAGCUUCAUUGCCCCAGUAUGGACAAUGGUACUUGUAAGCCUGCAGUCUUGAACUUUGGCUGGCAGCUUUUAGGAUCAAAGCAAACUCUUUGCAUAAAUUUUUUGUUUAGGUUUACUCUUCUGCAUACACCUUGUUUCUAACAUGGGAAGUCCUACACUUAAAAUCAUAAAACUAAGAGCUGCCGAAGUGUGGGCUGCCAUUCACACCAUGAGCACAGAAUCCCUCUGACUAGUAUUGCUGGAAAGACAAAGUGUAUUUUUUUGAAUUUUAUUAUUGUACAGAUGAGAAGUAAGGAUUCAUAAAUUAUCUAAAUUCCGAAAAUGUUCAGCCAGUCAGACUGUUGAUCUUACACACACUUUUGAAUUUCUUUGCGUGUAACCAUUUAUAAAAAGGCUGAAUGUAAUGGGGAUUUUUUGUAUUCAAUAAAUGUCUUUCACAAAAAUGUAAAUCAGUUUUAAUCUAACAUUUGCUUACAUGUAUAGUAAAAACAAAGCCUAUACAGGAACAAGGUUGUUUGUCUUUAUCUCAUCUGCUAGAAACUAUUGCCUUCUCUUCUUUAGAAGACACUAUAGCUGAAACGUGUGUCCUUGCACCGGGAUUUUAUAUCUUCUGUGAGGUUAAUUUGUGCUUUGUUUUGUUUUUUUGUGGUUUUUUGUCUCUGAACUGUCUUAGUAGAAAGAACACUUCUUAAUUUGCAAUUAAAAACGUCAAAAAUUUCCAAGUCA